ACAAUUAAAAAGUCCAAUUUACUUCACGGGUUACCACCAGCCAUUCCAGUUCAAAAGUUCACACUUCCCAUUAGUAAUUACUUAACCCACCCCCCGCCCGCCCCUUUUCUCUUUCUAGAAAAUACUACGUAGUAGAAAAGAGAAAAGAAAAACAGUAAAAAGAAAUGUCAAAAAGGUUUCUUCCUUCUUCCACGGCUACCGACAAGUCUUUCAAGAACUCCAAAACCUGAGCAAAGACUCGACUUUUUGAGUUGGGUUUUUGCUGUUUUGAGUUGGGUUUUUGUUAUUUUUUGUUAAUUUCCAUUCUUUAGUUUGAUUUUAUAUAAGCGAAAAGAAAGAAAAACAGAAGGUAGAGGAGAAUUUGAUUGAUUAUGUCUGUAGAGUCGAGCUCAGGUUCAGGAGAUCACCACCAUGGUCAUAAUAUAAGAGGAGUGCCAACUCAUGGUGGGCGUUAUGUGCAGUACAAUAUCUAUGGUAAUCUGUUCGAAGUGUCAAGAAAGUACGUUCCUCCUAUUAGGCCUGUGGGUCGAGGGGCUUAUGGCAUCGUUUGUGCCGCUAUGAACUCAGAGACACGGGAGGAAGUAGCAAUUAAAAAGAUUGGCAAUGCUUUUGACAACAGAAUUGAUGCCAAGAGGACACUGCGGGAAAUAAAGCUUCUUCGUCACAUGGAUCACGAUAAUAUAAUUGCACUGAAAGACAUUAUACGGCCUCCGCAAAAGGAAAACUUCAAUGAUGUCUACAUUGUCUAUGAACUAAUGGACACUGAUCUUCACCAGAUUAUUCGGUCCAACCAACAGUUGACUGAUGAUCAUUGUCGGUACUUUCUUUACCAAAUUCUACGAGGACUUAAAUAUGUUCACUCUGCUAAUGUGUUACACCGUGAUUUAAAACCUAGCAAUUUGCUUCUCAAUGGAAAUUGUGAUCUUAAAAUUGGAGAUUUUGGGCUUGCAAGGACAACAUCUGAGACAGACUUCAUGACUGAAUACGUUGUCACUCGCUGGUACCGUGCACCAGAAUUGCUACUAAAUUGCUCAGAAUACACUGCAGCAAUUGAUAUUUGGUCUGUAGGGUGCAUACUUGGUGAAAUUAUGACAAGACAACCCCUCUUUCCUGGCAAAGAUUAUGUUCAUCAAUUGAGACUUAUAACUGAGCUCAUCGGUUCACCAGAUGAUGCCAGUUUAGGGUUUCUUCGGAGUGACAAUGCCCGAAGGUAUGUUAGGCAGCUUCCCCAAUACCCAAGACAACAGUUCUCAGCUAGAUUUCCUAAUACAUCUGCUGGAGCUCUGGAUUUGCUCGAAAAAAUGCUUGUCUUUGAUCCAAGCAAACGGAUUACAGUGGACGAGGCACUUUGCCACCCGUAUUUGGGACCUCUUCAUGAUAUCAAUGAGGAGCCUGUUUGUCCUAGGCUUUUUGUUUUCGAUUUUGAGCAGCCAUCCUUCACUGAAGAGAACAUCAAGGAGCUCAUUUGGCGGGAAUCCGUAAAAUUUAAUCCGGAUCCUACUCAUUGAGAAUGGAACUAAUGAUGUAUAAACAAGUUCUUUGACCGGACUUCCACUGAAUACUUUGUGUUGUAUCCAGAGUGAAACCCCUGAUUAGGAUCAUGAAAUAAAACAAUGGAAAUGUUGAGGUUGACAAAAUUUCUACAUGGUAGAUCUCAUUAGAUUUUUCUUCUGUCAUCUUCUUUGUAUUUUAAAUGUUCUAAUAUUGUACAAAGAAAUUGAAGCAGCGUUCACAUAGGCUCAACUUACAUCUAGGAAUGCCAAUUUCUCUUUGGGUGAUCAAAAGAGAAGGAUCCCUUCUUGCUGCGAGCUUAUCUUGUAAUUUUCUGUUCAAUUGCAUAACUCUAAUCAAAUAAUUUAUGUUAUCGAGUAUCAAGGCAACUGAGUAGUUGUCCUAAGAACUUUGCAUAGUUUGUGAUUUUGCUGGUCUGAGGCUUGCUACGCUUUGACGUUGUAAAAGCACUGUACUAUUUCCUCUGUUUUGUUGAGACAUUUUGACAUUUCCUGACAAGGAGUACGGUUCUGA